CGAUGUGCAUGAGAGGAACCUGUCGCAAACCUCGUUGCCCACCCAGAUUUUGUUGCAGAUCCUCCUGCGGAAUCUGCUGUGGCGGACCAUGCUCAUAUAUAUGCUCGAGUGGCUGCUUUGGAUGCUGUACACCCUGCUGUGGGUUACUCCCCGAAACUUGCUGUGGCCCCUGGUGUGAGUCCUGCCUGGAUCCGUCCUGGUUCUCCUGGCUGGCCCCGAAAAUCGGUCGAGCCUGCUGCUGUGCCUGCGCCAGGGGUCCGCGUUCGUGCUGUCCAAAGUGCUGCUGA